UAAUGUUUAGCUCUAAUAUUUUUGUAGUCUUAAACUGCGAUACUUUGUAUCAGGUGUUUCAUUAGUAUAUAUUUUAUUAUGCCGCGUUAGUGACUUAUGAACCUUGUGUUAGCACUUACGUGAGUGUAGAUUACAAUGAAUAUAUUAUAAGUAAAAAAAAAAAAAAACACUUUUGACAAAUUAGGCAAAAUGGCUGAAUGUGAAUUACGACAGAGGAAAAAAGAAGACGAAGGUGUUAAGCUAGAGAAUAAUGAAGAAAUAAAUGUUGUUGAACAAGAACAGGUUCUAAGAGAAAAUAAACCUGAAACAAUCAAUGAUUGUAUUCAGUCAUGUGUUAUGACAAAUACUAUGCCACCUAUGGUUAGACGUUACAGGCCAGUGCAUAAGAUUUAUAGUGCUUAUCAAAAUUUACGGAAAUUAAAAGGUCCUAAACAUUGGUAUGCAGGUUCAAAUUAUUUCAAUAAUCAAGCCUCUUUCAAUUUUCGAACAAAUAAUUAUCGUAGGUCUAAAAAAGAAGAUUUUGAUUCUGAAGAUGAUAAAAAUAUAGAUCUGUCAGCAAAAAUACCAUCUGGAACAAAUAAAAUGCCAUACUUACUAGAAACUUUAUUAAGUGGGAUAUCUGAAAGAUGGAGAAAUUGGAUAAUUCGAGGUAUAUUUGGAUGGCUAAUGAUUGGCCUUUUUUGUCUCUUAUGUUAUGGAGGACCUCUAGCUUUAAUGAUAGCUGUUUUAGUUGUGCAAGUCAAAUGUUUCGAGGAGAUCAUCAACAUUGGUUAUUCUGUUUAUCGUAUUCAUGGCUUGCCUUGGUUUCGUUCUUUAUCAUGGUAUUUUUUGAUGGCAUCUAACUAUUUUUUUUAUGGUGAAAGCCUUGUGGACAUAUUUGCUGUGGUUGUUAAUAGAACUGAAUAUUUGAAAAUGCUGAUAACUUAUCACCGAUUUGUUUCAUUUAGUCUGUAUAUUGCUGGUCUUGUGUGGUUUGUCUUGUCUUUAGUACGCAAGUAUUAUAUGAAACAAUUCUCAUUGUUUGCUUGGACUCAUGUUUGUCUUUUGAUUGUUGUAUCUCAAAGCUAUUUUAUUAUUCGGAACAUAUUUGAAGGACUAAUAUGGUUUAUUGUACCAGUUUCAAUGAUCAUACUUAAUGAUAUUUGGGCUUAUGUUUUUGGAUUUUUCUUUGGAAGAACACCGCUGAUACAAGUAUCGCCUAAAAAAACAUGGGAAGGAUUUAUUGGUGGUGGUGUAGCUACUGUAAUUUGUGGUAUUGUGAUAUCAUAUUUCUUGUGUCAAUAUCCAUACUUUGUUUGUCCAGUGGAGUAUAGUGAAAAGUUUGGUAAAAUGAUAAUUGACUGUGAACCAUCACCAUUAUAUACUCUUCAUGAAUAUGUUUUACCAGAUUUCAUGGCACAUGCUAUGAAUUUAUUUGGAGCCUCAAACAAAAUCACAAUAUAUCCUUUUAUGAUUCAUGCUUUUUGGAUGUCUUUGUUCAGUUCUAUUAUUGGACCCUUUGGAGGAUUUUUUGCUAGUGGAUUUAAACGUGCAUUUAAAAUAAAGGACUUCGGUGACGUGAUCCCAGGACAUGGAGGAAUUAUGGAUCGUUUUGACUGUCAAUAUCUUAUGGCAACAUUUGUUAAUGUUUAUAUUUACAGUUUUGUAAGCACACCUACUUUACAAAAAACUGUUCAACAGGUAUUUACUUUACGGCCCGAAGAACAGUUGCAAUUAUUUUAUGUUUUGAAAGGAUCAUUGGAAAAUCGAGGUAUACUCAAUGUACAAUAAUUUGGAUAUUCAGUAGUCAUCUAUUACAUUCCUACUUUCAAAUAUGAUAUAAAUAUUUAAACCAUUGUUUUAGAGAGUUAUGUUUAAUUUUUCUUGUUUAUGACUUGUACUUAUGAUAUUCAUUAGCCUUUUUUUUUAAAUAUUUUAUCAAACUGACUUCUCUGCUCGAAUUGCAGAUUCCUUUGUGUAAAAAUUAGUACAAUUAUGUUAUUUAAUUUGUUG